CUUGCAAUCAGCUGAUUGUAAGUUAUUUACAUGAGUCUGAAUCGAGAUAUAUAUAUAGACUAUCACCAUGGCGGCGGCGUCGGAAGUUUCAAAUGCGGUUGACAUUACGAAAAUCAAGGAGGCAGUGGAUGCUUUGUACGACUUCAGAGAUCACUUUUUUGAGAAAAAUGCAAUUGAUCGUGCAGUCCACAAGGCAGAAGAGGUCAAACAAGAGCUGCAGAAAACUCUCACAUUGUUUGAUGGAAUAGAAGACAACAUUGAUGCAAGCAGCAAGGCACAGAUGCUACUCCAGAAAGGCCGAGCCUGGAACAUCCUACCUAGCUUCAGUCCAGAGGCACUAGAUGCUCUUUCUAGGGCGGUCAAACUAGACCCCCAAAUGGUGGAAGCAUGGAACAACCUUGGGGAAACAUAUUGGAAGAAAAAUGAUGUCAAUGCUGCUAAGAAUUGCUUCGAAGGAGCUCUGAACUAUCAAAACAACAAGGUAUCUCUAAGAAACCUGUCGAUGGUGUUGAGACAGCUAGGGACUGACCAGAUGGAGAAAGCUAAGAAUCUUCAAGAUAGUGUAGAGCAUGCUAAGAAGGCUGUAUCUCUUGAUAUGAACGAUGGAAUUUCAUGGUUUAUAGCUGGCAAUGCUUAUCUCUCUAUGUUCUUUAUGACUGGUCAGAAGCCAGGAAUGUUAAAGCAAUGUCAUGGAGCAUAUGCACAGGCUGAACGUGAUGUAAUAGCAAAAUCUAACCCAGAUCUUCACUUCAACAAAGCAACUAUCUUCAAGUUUCAAGAAGAGUAUGAGUUAUCCUUAGAUGGUUUCCAGCAAGCUAAGGCAUUGGAUCCAGUGUGGGAGGAACCAGAUCAGAAGAGAGAAGAACUUCUUAGCUAUCUAGCUAGGAUUACAGAACUAACCAAAGCAAAGGGCAAAUUAAAAGCCAAGCGUCUACAGCAGCUGAUGUCUUCGUUCAAGCAGAAUGACCUUGGUCCAUACGGUGGCGGGUCAUAUACCUCACCAAAUGGUCAAGCGGUCAAGCUAGAACAGUGUGUGCUGUCCAGAUUACAGGAAGGAGCUAAUCCAGAGAAGGUGGUUGUUGGGAAGGUGGUGUGUAGCAUUGCAACCGAGGAACUCAUUCCAUUUACCUUUGCUAUGCUUGAUUCAGAGGGGUCCUGCUACUCUGUCAAUGUGUAUAACAUUGCCCAAGGUCAAGGGGUCAUCAUAGGUGAUACUGUUGCAAUACCAGAGGCAUACCUUCAGAGGAUAGACUUCACUGUAGAUAAUAAGCACAUCCAGUUUUCUUCCCUUCGAGUGAAUACACCUGUAGCGCUGGUAGUGAACGGUAAGAAGCUUGGUAUAGACAAGCAAGCACCUGCCACGGUGUCACUCAGUGCUAAGAGUGAUUAACCAACCUUCAGUCUUUCUCCUCUAAUGUUUGUGUUAACUGGUAGUUAUUGUAUACAUGUCAUAUGUUCUGUGCUAUACCUUUUGCUAUUAUUACAUGUGGAACCUUGUAAUAAAGAACACUAAUGAAAAAAAAACUCUCAUUUGUUAAAAAUAAUGAUUUAUGAUAGGUCCAUUUAUAUAGCGCAGCUGCUAUAUGAAUAUUCUACUGUGCAUAAUAAAGUAUCAUAUUAUUGCCACAAUUAUAGCUGAGCCACCAUAAAUAAGGUGCUAAGGCAUUCAAGGAAUUUCUUACUACUGUGUACCAAUUUACUUCAAAUGUAGAUUGAUGUCUUGCCAAAGGACAUUACCGCAGUAUAAUAAGCUAAUAUUACCAGUGCCACUUCCUUGUUUUCUAUUAUUUUGAUAGCCCUGAAUUUUUCAUUAGAACAGCAUAAAGUAUGCACAUGUAAAUAGAACAUUUCUGUGGUUCUUUAUCCAUGUUAAAGUAUGUCAUGUGAGGAAUAUACACAUUUGGUUUAACUGCUACAGAGUUUUGAAGAGAAGAAAAAAAAUAUUUGCUCUACAUUUGAAAUCUGGUUAUUUUGUGUUUGUUUUUUAAUUUUCAGCAGUAUUUUUUAGAUUUUUUGGUAAAAUCAUCUUGAGAAGGAAUUUUUCAAGCUGUUUUGUGUGCUGAUAAUAUUUUUUUUCUUCCAUUUCCAAAAGUGGAGAAAAUUUGAUUUUCUGUAAUUGACUGUUGAGCAUUUACUAUACCUUCUAAACCUUUAAUACUAUAUACAAGAUAUUUUGUAACACUUGUUUAUUGUUUGAUGAGAAGAACAGUCAGCUGAAUAUACUAGGUUAUUCAUUUGUGAGUUGAAUUGAUUCUCUCUUCAACUACCAUAAUGGUAUGCCUUUUUAUAUGGGACAUUACUUUUGUACUAUGCUUUGUUUAUACUGUAAUAUUUUAUACUGUCAGAAAACAUGUUUUCCGGCAUGUUGUUAUGCCUCCUUUCAUAUUCACUAUGAUAUGCAGGUACACAUUUUUUAUUGAAAUUUAAAAAAAAAAAAAUUUGUUUACGGUAUGCUUUUGACUUUAAAUUUUUGACUAGAGGUCACAUAUAUGACAGUGAAAGUGAAUAAAACGGCACAGGGAAAUGUGAUUUCAAAGGUCAUUUUGUUUUGAAAGCUCUUGUUAUUGACUUUCCUAAAAGUACUUCAUUGAAAUUUGGCCCAUUCUGAAUAAUAAGCCGACACGUUUAUGUGACACCUUAUCUCUCUGAAUAACUCUGGACAAAAAAUUUGAUACAGCAUUUAUUGUAGACAUCGGGGCAUAUCAAUAGUGAUCCAUUUGGUGAAAAUUGAAGUGUAGAUGCAAACAGAAUGAAAAUGUUAAUCAUUCCAUGACUUUGGUCGAGUUUGGAAUCAGGGUGUAUUUUUUAUAUAUGUAAGAAAAGAUUUGACUAAAUUAGUAUAUUGAAAAAUAUUGAUAUUAAACCCAUCACCUGUGUCUACUUAAAAAAGAGGGAUUAUAUAUAUUAACAGUAGUGUUGGUGAGGGGGGGGGGGUCAGUAUAGACCCUUGUAAUAAUUGGAAUCGACUCACUUGAAAGACUUUUACAUGAAAGACAGAAUACAUGUUCAUGUACGGUACACAUCAGUGUUAAGAGGAAACAUGGUUUCAUUUUUUACCUGUUUAUGAAUGAAUGUGCCGUGUAUUGCAAGCUGCCUUGUUUUCAUAGUUGUAAAAAGUGUUAAUAAACAAUGCGUGCAAUUUAUAAAA